AUGAACCCUCCUUCAGGGCCAAGAGCCCCGCUGGUCCCGAUGCAGGAAUCCAGCUGCCUGGCCACCCCAGCCUCCUCCAGCAGGUGGGACAGCUCCCGGAGCAGCGCCUCCAGCCUGGGCCACCCUCCGUCCAUCAGCCCCACGGCAGUCAGGGCCCAGGCUGCUGCCUGGGUCCCCUUCCCCACGGUUGAUGUUCCAGACCACGCCCACUACACCCUGGGCACGGUGAUCCUGCUGGUGGGGCUCACGGGGAUGCUGGGAAAUCUGACGGUCAUCUAUACCUUCUGCAGGAGCAGAGGCCUCCGGACGCCUGCCAACAUGUUCAUUAUCAACCUCGCCGUCAGCGACUUCCUCAUGUCCUUCACUCAGGCCCCCGUCUUCUUUGCCAGCAGCCUCUAUAAGCAGUGGCUCUUUGGAGAAGCAGGCUGUGAAUUCUAUGCCUUCUGUGGGGCUCUCUUUGGCAUCACCUCCAUGAUUACCCUGACGGCCAUUGCCCUGGACCGCUACCUGGUGAUCACGCGCCCACUGGCCACUGUCGGGAUGGUGUCCAAGAGGCGGGCGGCGCUCGUCCUGCUGGGCGUCUGGCUCUACGCCCUAGCUUGGAGUCUGCCGCCCUUCUUUGGCUGGAGUGCCUACGUGCCCGAAGGUCUGCUGACCUCGUGCUCCUGGGACUACGUGAGCUUCACGCCGUCGGUCCGCGCCUACACCAUGCUGCUCUUCUGCUUCGUCUUCUUCCUCCCCCUGCUUGCCAUCGUUUACUGCUACAUCUUCAUCUUCAAGGCCAUCCGAGAGACGGGCCAAGCUCUCCAGACUUUCGGGGCCUGCGAGCGUGGCAGUGAGUGUCCCCGGCAGCGGCAGCGGCUACAGAAUGAGUGGAAGAUGGCCAAGAUCGAGUUGCUGGUCAUUCUUCUCUUUGUGCUCUCCUGGGCCCCGUACUCCACCGUCGCCCUGAUGGGUUUUGCCGGGUACGCACAUAUCCUGACGCCCUACAUGAACUCGGUGCCAGCUGUCAUUGCCAAGGCCUCUGCCAUCUACAACCCCAUCAUUUACGCCAUCACCCACCCCAAGUACAGACUGGCCAUCGCCCAGCACCUGCCCUGCCUGGGGGUGCUGCUGGGCGUGUCGGGCCAGCGCACUGGCCUGUACACCAGUUACCGCUCCACCCAUCGUUCCACGCUGAGCAGCCAGGCCUCGGACCUCAGCUGGAUCUCUGGACGGAGGCGCCAGGCAUCCCUGGGCUCUGAGAGUGAGGUGGGCUGGAUGGACACAGAAGCAACAGCUGCUUGGGGGGCUGGCCAGCAAGUGAGCGGAUGGUCCCCCUGCAGUCAGGGCCUGGACGAUGUGGAAGCCAAGGCCCUUCCCAGGCCCCAGGGACGGGACUCAGAGGCUCCCGGGAAGGCCAAGGGGCUGCUCCCCAACCUGGAUGCCAGGAUGUAGGUUGACCAUCAUUCCUGCCUUCCUUCUGGGACACGUCCAGCUCCUUCACGUCUCCCUCACACACACAGACCCAGCAUCACCUGUGGGCCUGCAGGCUCUGGAAGCGGCCCUGUCACCCCUGCUGGUCUAGAUUCACGGCCCCGUACCACGCAGCUCCUGCUCUGCAAUGCGGUCUGCACCCACUUCUCAACCCAACAGCCUGCACCUCAGGCUCAGACGGAAGAGUGGACGCCCAGGCCCUCCCGCUGCCUGGAGUCGUCCGCCUCUCCUUGGAUGCUGUGUGCUGUGAUUGUCCAGGCGAUGACAAUAGCGAUGGCUCUGUCAGACACCCCAGCUAUUUAUGAGCUGCCUCUGCACCUGGGCUGGGCAUUUCACUGGCACAGAAAGGACAGCGCUGAGUCUCCCGCGGC